AUCGUUGCAGUGCAGCUCCCUCUGCCCUCCCAAAAACAUAUAAAAAAUAUUAUUAUUAUACUAUAAUCAUCAUUUCUCCGAUCAAUUCAUCAUCACAAAUUCAGAUCUCAUCGUUACAUUACAAUUUAUCCGUUUAAUUUAGGGUUGAAAUUUGAAAAAAAUGGCGCAAAUUCAGGUGCAACCGCCGCUGCCGACGGGGCCGAACGGUGCUGGAGGUGUUGCGGCGACGGCGGUGGCAGCGGCGGUGGCGGUGGCAGGUGGUGGAGGACAGACGUUUGGAACGACGUCGCUUUACGUAGGGGACCUGGAGUAUGGUGUGACAGAUUCGCAGUUGUAUGAUUUGUUUAAUCAGGUUGGACAGGUGGUUACGGUUAGGGUUUGUAGGGAUCUGAGCAGUCGGAGAUCGUUGGGAUAUGGUUAUGUUAAUUACAGCAAUGCUGAUGAUGCUGCAAGGGCUAUAAGUAUUCUGAACUUUACUCCAGUGAAUGGCAAGUCGAUUCGGAUCAUGUAUUCUCACAGGGACCCAAGUAUUCGGAAAAGUGGAACUGCGAAUAUCUUUAUCAAGAAUUUGGACAAAACAAUCGACAACAAAGCAUUGCACGACACAUUUUCAAGCUUUGGUAAUAUCCUUUCAUGCAAGAUAGCCACCGACUCUACUGGUCAGUCAAAGGGCUACGGAUUCGUGCAGUUCGACACAGAAGAAGCUGCACAGAACGCAAUUGACAAGUUAAACGGCAUGUUGAUGAACGACAAACAAGUCUACGUCGGUCACUUUCUUCGCAAGCAAGAACGUGACUCUUCCUCGACCUCAAAGUUCAACAACGUGUACGUAAAAAACUUACCGGAGUCCACUACUGACGAAGAUCUGAAAAAGACUUUCGGCGAGUACGGUACAAUUACAAGUGCUGUUAUUAUGAGAGACGGAGAUGGAAAAUCCAAAUGCUUCGGGUUUGUCAAUUUUGAAAAUGCGGAUGACGCUGCAAAAGCGGUUGAAUCUUUAAAUGGUAAGAAAAUUGAUGACAAAGAAUGGUAUGUUGGGAAAGCGCAGAAGAAAUCGGAACGAGAGCUUGAAUUGAAGAGUCGGUUUGAGCAGAAUGCAAAAGAAGCAGCUGAGAAAUAUCAAGGUGCUAAUUUGUAUGUGAAGAAUUUGGAUGAUACUAUUGAUGAUGAUAAGCUUAAGAAACUCUUCUCUGAAUAUGGUACAAUUACCUCAUGCAAGGUUAUGCUGGAUCCCAAUGGAAAUAGCAGAGGCUCUGGAUUUGUUGCCUUUUCAACUCCCGAAGAGGCUUCUCAAGCUCUUGCGGAGAUGAAUGGGAAGAUGAUUGUCAACAAACCACUUUACGUGGCACUUGCUCAACGUAAAGAAGAGAGAAGGGCAAAGCUGCAGGCACAGUUUUCACAAAUGAGGCCUGUUACCAUGGGAGCUUCAUUGGGUCCGCGUAUGCCCGUGUAUCCUCCCGGUGGUCCAGGUAUCGGUCAGCAACUAUUCUACGGGCAGGCCCCUCCUACUAUGCUUCCUCCCCAGGCGGGUUUUGGUUACCAACAACAGCUGGUCCCUGGAAUGAGGCCCGGUAUGCCAAACUUCUUUCUUCCGGUUGCCCAACAGGGUCAACAGAGCCGGAGGCGUGGCACAGGGGCGGCGUCACAAAAUCAGCAGCAGCCUUUUCCAAUGAUGCAACAGCAGCAGCAACAGAUGUUUCCAAGGGGACGUGUGUUUCGUUAUCCUGGACGCAAUGAUGGAAACAUGGCGGUGGUUCCUGUCUCGUAUGCUCGAGAUCAAGCAAUGCCGAUUACAGCUUUGACUUCCGCCCUUGCGAAUGCUUCUCCUGAGCAGCAGAGGACGAUGCUGGGUGAGAAUCUGUACCCACUGGUGGAUGAGUUGGAGCAUGAGAAUGCGGCAAAGGUGACAGGCAUGCUUCUAGAGAUGGAUCAAACGGAGGUGUUGCACUUGCUGGAAUCGCCAGAUGCUUUGAAAUCGAAGGUUUCGGAAGCCAUGGAGGUGUUGAGGAAUGUCCAGCCGCAGCAAACCAACAGCACCGCGGCUCAGCUUGCUUCUCUGUCUCUUAAGGACAGUCUUGUCUCUUGAUCCUGAUGCUGAGCAUUAGUGAGGAGUUUUGUUCUUUUUUGAUAUUAUCAACUGCUUUUUAAAAUAGGAUGUUUGUUUGAAACCAUCCUUUGGGAUGUGGGUUUUUGUUUUCUUUGGAAAUGCAACCCAAGACUUUCUGAUUUU